AUGAAUGCAAAUCGGGGUCGUGGUCGCGGAGGACGCGGACGCGGACGUGGUCACGCGCCAGCGUUUCAGGAGAAUUUCGUCGAGGGUGAAGUUCACGACACGGACACUGACACCGAGAAUGAGGGACCAGAGCAGCCGCCACCGCCGCCACCGGUUAACAUUGCACAAGUGAUGCUGAUGCAGACACAGCUACUGCAGCAGAUGGCCGCCACUCUGGCGAACCAGAAUCAGAAUCAGAACCAAAAUCAAAACCAGAAUCAGAAUCCUCCUCCACCGCAGUCCAAGCUCGCAGAGUUCAUGAGGACGAAGCCACCCACCUUUGCGGGAUCAGCGGACCCUAUUGAGGCAGAUGAUUGGCUGAAGGAUAUUCGCCGGAAACUCAACCUGGUGAGUGUUAACGCUCAAGACCGUGUGAAGUAUGCUGCGCACCAACUCCAGGGUGUGGCCGCGGAUUGGUGGGAGAACUAUUGUGAGGCGCAUGAUGAUGCCGAGGGGAUCACGUGGAAUGAGUUUGCUGAAUCAUUUCGCACUGCACACAUUCCAGCUGGUCUUAUGGAGCUGAAGAGGGAUGAAUUUCGAGCUCUGGUUCAGUGGAAGAUGACAGUCUCUGAGUACUGGGACCGUUUCACCCAGUUAUCUCGCUAUGGAAGGGCGGAUAUUCCCACUGAGGCGGAUAAGAUUUCUAAGUUUCUGAGGGGCCUGAACCUAGGUCUGAAAGAUAGGUUGGUGUCUCAUCAUUUUGCCAACUUCCAGAGUUUGGUCAACAAGGCUAUUCUUCAGGAGAAUUCAAAGAACGAACUUGAUGAACACCGCAAGCGCAAGACACCACAGAGUCAGUAUGGGGCAGGGAGCUCACGCCAGAAGAACAAUAACAACCCAGGAUACCGUGGAUCAGGUGCAAAGCCGAUGAAGCCUAAUCACAAUGCUUCUUAUGGUGCCUAUCGUACUCCGAGAGCUGAAGUCGGAGGAAACCAUGCCAACACUGCUGGGAGGACAUGCUACAGCUGUGGCGAAGAGGGUCACUUUGUUGCUGCAUGCCCGGGCAAGAAGAACACCGGGGCGACGCCAGUGAAGUUCAACUUAGGGUCUGCCGCCAAGACGCCAGCAGCGGGACGUGGAAUAGGCAUACUGCCUACCCCAGGAGGCGCACCUCAUGCCUCAGGACAGCAAGGACGUGGCCAAGUCAACCAUGUCACGGCAGAACAAGCACAUGAAGCUUCAGAUGUUGUCCUUGGUAUGUUUCCAAUCAACUCAUGUUAUGGUUCCGUACUUUUCGAUUCUGGAGCUUCCCAUUCGUUCAUUUCCAAGCAAUUUGUUGAAAAACACCUUUUGAAAACCGAGUGUAUGAGUCGGGAGAUGGCAGUACAAUCACCUGGGGGAAUUCUUACUACGGGUUUAAAAUGUCCCAAGGUGAUCAUAACGAUCGAAAGAGUAGAGUUUCUAGCAGACCUCAUAGUGUUAGACUCUAAAGGGUUAGAUGUUAUUCUGGGCAUGAACUGGUUAGUAAAACACAAAGCUAUGAUAGACUGUGGCCUUGGAGCGGUAUCGCUGACUAGUAAGAAUGGAACUGUGGUGGAUUACAAACCCAAGUCAGCACCUCAUACAGCAGUGGACAGUAUUCUGAACAGCUUGAAGGAGAUGGUUGUCUCGGAUGUUAGAGUGGUUAAGGAAUACCCAGAUGUUUUCCCGGAUGAAUUACCCGGUCUGCCACCAGACCGUGAGAUAGAGUUUGCCAUCGAGUUAGUCCCGGGCACUGCUCCUAUUGCCAAGAGACCAUAUAGGAUGCCGGCAAAUGAACUAGCUGAAAUGAAGAAGCAAAUCGAGGAGCUUUUAGAGAAGGGAUAUGUUAGACCGAGCACCUCACCUUGGGGAGCACCGGUGUUGUUUGUUAAGAAGAAAGAUGGUACCAUGCGAAUGUGCGUGGAUUACCGUGCCCUGAAUGAAGUGACCAGACAGCCUUUUUCACUCGGUAUGGUCUGUAUGAAUUUCUAG